AGCAAAAGCAUUUAAUGUUUCACAACGACCACAAAUAAAUAAAUAAACAAUUUACAUUUCAUGUUUGUAGUGCUCUGUUUUUGGAUGGCAACGAUGUUAAAGAGUAACCAAACCCAGACGUGUUUUUUUUGUUGUUUGUUCGUGCAGUGUGUACAAGGCUGACUCAGCAGAAUCAAGAUGGCCGACAGCCCCGCGGUCAUCGCCACAGACACGCACAGCAACUGUGUGGAGCGAGAUCAGACUUUGCCCUGUGUUCGGAUGAUGAUUGGGUUUCUAGAUGUCCCUCUGGCUGCAGACUGCAGGGUUUGAUCUCACACAUGGAGGUCAAUGUGGAGAUGAGACUGUCCAAAGCUUGCGAGACGGCAAGGAUGUUCGAGGACGCGGCUGAGAAGUCCAUGACAGCGAUGACGCACAUCUACAACACAAACCGCAGAGUCAUAGUCAACAGAUACAUGUCAGAGCUGACGUUUGUGGAAGACGCACGAGCAUUGGCCAAGAAUCUCACGGCACUACGGAAACGCUCGGCUGCUUUGUCGCAGCGACUCACGGAGCUUCGCAGCAAUGUCCAGAAACAAGUUGAGGAAUUGUAUCGAACUGAGGUGGACGUCGACAUGAAUCUCCGAGCCUGCCGCGGAUCCUGCCACUCAGCACUUCCGUUCACUGUCGGUCAUCGCAGUUACCGGGCGAUUCAGACUGACAUGGACCACAUCAAACAGACGGUCGUCAGGAGAAGCAAGACGUCUACUCCUCCUGAGGACAUUGCACGUAUCACACUGCGGCCUGUAGACGUCGGCCCAGUUCCGUCUCCACAAUACAAGACCAUCCCAACUGUCCAGAGAGAGCUGUUGACGCAGUUUGAGGACAUUGGACAGAAUCAGUUAGUUGUGGAGGAGCUGCUGGAGGACACAGAAAGGUUUUGAAAAAAAUACAAAUCUUAUUUAUGGCCAUGUUUCUCUAGUGCCACCCAGUGGACCGCAGGAGGCAACACGUUCCAGGAGUGCGAGUGCGUACAACCUCUGUUAUUAUUACAUUUUGUUUACAGUGUAUGUUUGUCCAGUUCUGCUCUGUAUCAACUUUUACAGUGUUAAAUUAUACAUUAAAACAUUAUUUUCAUAGAAAAAUGUAAUUUGUCAUUUUUGCUGUAAACACAUCUGAUGACUUGGUAAGAAUGUAACACAGUCUUAUUACCUUAAUGUUUUAGCAAUUAAAUAAACUUGUAUGUUUUUCAGUCUCAACUUGAAUGAGGCAAAAGUUUUACAUAACUCUAACUUUGUCAAGACUUAAGAUUUUAUACAUGUGGUUGUUUAG